UCCCAGGCCAUGUCCGGGGACUACGAGGAGGACGUUUGCCGCAGCGCGCUGCGCCUGGUGCACGAGCUCUGCUUCGCCCCCCGCGCGCGCCCGCCCCACGCGCGCUGCCUGGAGUUCACCGACCUGCUGCGGCACCGCGGCCACCCCCGGCCGGCUGACACAGAGGUGUCGGUGUCGCUGCUGUCCGUCAUCGUCACCUUCUGCGGCCUGGUCCUGCUGGGGGUCUCGCUCUUCGUCUCCUGGAAGCUCUGCUGGGUCCCCUGGCGCCACAAGGGGGGUCCCGGGGGGGUCCCCCCGAGGAAAGACCCCCCCCAGCCGGGGGUGGGGGGCGGGGCGGCGCCCUUCGGGGACCCCCUGCCCGAGCGGGGGGACCCCGAGCCCCCCCCCGAGCGCCCCGGCGGCGCGGCGCCGAGCUGCGGGCGGCUGCAGGUGUCCCUGCGCUACUCGUACGGCUCGCAGCAGCUGCUGGUGCGCGUGCUGCGCGCCCGCGACCUGCCCGCCAAGGACUCCAACGGCUUCUCCGACCCCUACGUCAAGAUCUACCUGCUGCCCGACCGCAAGAAGAAGUUCCAGACCAAGGUGCUGCGGCGGACGCUGAACCCCGAGUGGGACGAGACCUUCAGCUUCGGGGUGCCCUUCGCCGAGCUGCCGGCGCGGCGCCUGCACUUCAGCGUCUACGACUUCGACCGCUUCUCGCGGCACGACCUCAUCGGGCAGGUGGUGCUGGACAACCUGCUGGAGGCGGCCGAGGCGCGGCCCGAGGUGGCCAUCUGGAGGGACAUCCAG